AUGAACAUUGACCAAAAAAGGCGUCAGAAGAGUCCAAACUAUCGCAUCAACCAACAUGCCAUUGCACCAAUUCAUCCACUGGGUGUGAAGCCUUCAGGAAACGCCCUUCUGUUCUCGGACCGCAAAGCUGCUGAGAGCUCACGAAAGAGACUCUUGGGCAACUUGGCGAGGUUUCCCGAGCACCUGCUGAUAGAGAUCUUGUCGUACAUUGGUGAGCCCCAUGAUUUGAAAAAUUUAGGCCAUAGUUCCAGAGUCCUGUACGCAUACACUUAUAAUGACGAAUACUGGAGAAAUCUAUAUAUGAGAGAGUACAAACGACUUGAAAGCACGGAGAGCGAAGGAGAUAUAAAGCCUUUCGGAUGUAGUAAGUGGAGGGGAUCUUGGCGGAAAACAUUGCUUAACAUAGACGACGAGUCUCUUGUCCAGACUAAUUCUUUGGUAUUUUCAGACCUGCUCUACAGGCCCUUUCAGUGCUCUAAUAUCGACUACUGUAGCCUUUUUGCGCAUAUUAUAGAAUAUGAAAAAAAAUCCAGUCAGUUAUGCUAUACCUUGAAUGCAGAAUUUGGAGUUGAAAGGUUUCGAGAGAGCUCCUUCACUUUGGAGCAGUUUCACACAAAAUGGAUCGAUAAGCCCUUUAUAUUACAGAAAGAUUCUCACCAAAAAAGCUGGCCAAAAUGGGAAUUUGAUGAUUUACUGAGACUGUUCCCAAGCGAGCUCUUUCGUCAGGAAGCUGUUCAAUGGGAUCUUGCAAAGUAUUUGGAAUAUGCAAAGAACAAUUGCGAUGAAUCACCAUUGUAUCUUUUUGAUUGCGCAGAUACUUCAAUGACAAAAAUUUCUCAGAUGUAUGAAGUCCCGAAUAUAUUCAUUAAUGACGCAUUCAAAUUGUUCCAGAGCGGAGAAGUCCAGUGUCGACCCGAUCACAGAUGGCUGAUUUGUGGCCCUGCUCGUAGUGGAUCAACAUUUCAUAAAGACCCAAAUCACACUUCAGCGUGGAACGUAGUCUUAAGUGGUAUUAAGUUGUGGAUAAUGUUACCGCCAGAUGUCCAGGCCCCAGGUGUGAGCACCGAUAAAGAAGAGGAAGAGGUAACCGCACCGAUUGGAAUUUCUGAAUGGAUUUUGUCAGGCUUUUACAAUGAUGCAGUGAAACUGGCGGCCAUGGGAAAAUGUUUAAUUACUGUCACUUUUCCUGGGGAAUGCAUUUAUGUACCUUCUCGAUGGUGGCAUUCUGUCAUUAAUAUCACUGAUUGUGUUGCGAUAACCGAGAACUUUGUACCUGAGCCGCUGUUGAGCAAUGUUUUAAGCUUUCUAAAAAAUAAACCAAGCCAUAUAUCUGGUUUUCACAUGAAGGAUGUCGCAAGCUCCAUCAAUGGAUUUUUAUGCAAUGUAAAGGAGAAAGAAAUACGAUCAACUCUUCCCAAUUAUCUUCCAACCUUGGAAACAUGGAGAGCGGCUAAUAGAGACCGUGAGUAUGAUAAUGAAGACUGCGGUGUGGAUUCUAGGUCAGCGAUUAACAUUCCACUUUUCGAAUUUUUCGUAGAACUUUUGAAGCGGUCUGAACACAAAGCAGUUGCAGAAGAGGCUGUCGAUGAGCUGCUCCGAUUGGAGCAAGCGAAGGAGAUAAAGAUUCGAGAGUCUGAAAAGUGGAAUGAAUUGAGAAAAGGAAAUAAUCAGCAGUUUUCAUUCUGCUUUGCACUGGAUUGA